CAUUUACGCAUGUGGGGAAAGAGGAGAUAAAACAGCCGCUUCCGCCCGGUUUCUCUGCGCUUAGCACUUUCUACUAGGUCCAUUCUGAGUCUUUUUAUUCUUUUUAUGUGUAUUUAUUUAUCUGUCGAACACUAUAUAGUCUGAAUUAUGGCCAGUUUAAGGACGCUGCGGAAACUGUGCCAGUACGUUCAGCAUCACGCAUGUAACCUUCAUGUAUCGGUGUCGAGGCCAGAAGCUGUGGUCAUCUCAGGCAGGAAGUUGGCCCGUCAGAUCCGUGAUGAGGCACGUGUUGAUGUGGAGAAGUGGGUUUCAACUGGCAACAGACGACCUCAUCUUAGUGUGUUGCUAGUGGGCGACAAUCCAGCCAGCCAUUCCUAUGUACUCAACAAGACCCGUGCUGCUGCUGAUGUAGGUAUCACAAGUGAAACCAUAUUAAAGCCUUCUUCUAUCUCUGAAGAAGAGCUGAUGGAGCUGAUUGACAAACUCAACUCUGACCACAGAGUGGAUGGUCUUCUGGUACAGUUGCCUCUGCCUGAGCACAUCGAUGAGCGGCGUAUAUGUAACGCAGUCAGUCCAGAUAAAGAUGUUGAUGGAUUCCAUGUGGUCAAUGUUGGUCGUUUGUGCUUGGACCAGUCCUCCAUGUUGCCAGCCACACCUUGGGGAGUAUGGGAAAUCAUUAAACGUACAGGCAUUCCUACUCUGGGAAAAAAUGUAGUGGUAGCUGGUCGGUCUAAGAAUGUGGGAAUGCCAAUCGCCAUGCUUUUACACACAGAUGGAAGACAUGAAAGGCCGGGAGGUGAUGCUACAGUUACUAUCUCUCACCGUUACACACCUAAAGAACAACUUCGCCAGCACACAAAGAUCGCUGACAUCAUUGUUGCAGCAGCAGGUAUUCCCAACCUCAUCACUGCAGAUAUGAUAAAAGAAGGGGCAGCUGUCAUUGAUGUGGGCAUCAACAGAAUACAGGACCCUUUGACUGGAAAGGACAGACUUGUUGGGGAUGUGGACUUUGAAGGGGUACGAAAGAAGGCUGGUUAUAUCACUCCAGUCCCAGGAGGUGUUGGACCCAUGACUGUUGCCAUGUUAAUGAAAAAUACUAUUAAGGCAGCAAAAAAUCUCCUUCUGACCCCUCCAGAGCGGAUGCGUAUGGUAGCAUCCUCCUAACAUCCCUCUUUACUAUGCUCCUUGUUUCACAUUCCACAUUCCAGUUUGGGAGCAGAUGGCAAUGCAAUAGCUCCAAGUCCUAUUUUUGGGUACGUCAGUUUGUAAAUCACAACCCAGCCCAAGCCAAGUCUGUUAUAUGGUGUGAACAAGGCUUAGUGAAGUGAAUGUAUUACUGUCGUGUCUCUUUUGCCAAACACACAGUCUGAAACACACUUAUGAGAGCCUUGAUAAAUCACCUGGAUUAGAGGUUUUAAAUCAGGUGAAACGUUACAGUACGUUGUUCUUCCAGGAGUCGAGGUCUUCACUCCCAGUCUAGAUAAUGCUUCAGCUAUUUUACCUGCUCAUCAUAGCUUAAGAGUUUUGCUGUUAGACCUUGUCUUUACAGCCCUUUCUAUAUAGUUUGUUAUACUUUGUAAAAAGAUGUCAGUUGCAAAUGCAAAAAAUAUUUAUUUAUCUUCAAUGCAAGUGCAUUUUUGACAGAAUCACAGUAUUGAGAUAUUUACUUCCUUGUGGCAAUUUAAUAAAGGAGGUACACUUAGAAACACUUGCUGGUCUGAUGAAAUGAGGAGGAAUUUAUGUAACAUAUUUCUUAUAUUUGAGUGUAGCACGGCAUGUAAUUUUGGAACAGUGGAAGAAAGACAUGAUCACUAUUUGCUCUAUGAGUGGUGAUACACAUGGCAUGUCAGAAUUGUGUAUGAGAAAUGAAGCUUUAAGUUAGCACUGCAGGUGCCUUUGUUUGUGCAAAUCAAAUAAAGCUUGAAUUAAGUGUGA